AUGGCGGCGCACGCUUUUAGCUUUAAUCUCUGCCCUCCGGAGGCAAUCGCAGGAGGAUCUCUGAGGAGCCGCCCGGGCGGUGAGAAGGGGAAGGAAGCCGAGGUGCCGGGCGGGCACGGGGCGCGGGCAGGAAGCGGGGAGGGGCGGCGGGCGGGGGCUCCGGAAAAACGCCCCGACUUCCUGCCCGCCGGAGCCAGGAAGCCGGAGUCGGGACGCCGGGACCGCCGAGCCCGACCUCGGGCGCCCCGCCGGUCACCUCCCCGCGCGGACACCAGCCCUGUGGAGUCCUGGAGAUGGAAGAAGUCGCCGGUGGUGCGGCCCCAGGGCCCCCCCCGGGCGGGCCUGGUGUCGAUCAUCAUCGGGGCCGAGGAUGAGGAUUUUGAAAACGAGCUGGAGGCGAACUCGGAAGAUCAGAACAGCUGGUUCCAGAGCCUGGAGCAGGUGAAGUACCGCCCGGCCCACCUCAUGGCCCUCCUGCAGCACGUGGCCCAGCAGUUCGAGCCAGGACCUCUGCUCUGCUGCCUGCAUGCGGACAUGCUAAGCUCACUGGGCCCCAAAGAAGCCAAGAAAGCCUUCCUGGACUUCUAUCACAGCUUCCUGGAGAAGACAGCGGUUCUGCGGGUGCCAGUUCCUCCCAGUGUGUCUUUUGAACUUGACCGUACACGGCCCGACCUCAUCUCUGAGGAUGUCCAGAGGCGGUUCGUGCAGGAGGUGGUUCAGAGCCAGCAGGCUGCCGUGACCCGGCAGCUGGAAGACUUCCGCUCCAAGCGGCUCAUGGGCAUGACGCCCUGGAUGCAGGAGCUGAGCCUGCUGGAGCCCUGGAUCGGGAAAGACCGAGGCAGCUAUGAGGCCCGGGAGCGGCACGUGGCGGAGCGGCUGCUCGCCCAGCUGGAGGAGAUGCAACACACCAUCUCCUCAGAUGAAGAGAAAAGUGCUGCUGUGAUCACUGCCGUCAGCCUGUAUAUGCGCCAUCUGGGGGUUCGGACCAAGAGUGGGGACAAGAAGUCAGGGAGGAACUUCUUCCGGAAAAAGGUGAUGGGGAAUCGGAGGUCAGAUGAGCCCCCCAAGACAAAGAAAGGGCUGAGUAGCAUCCUAGACCCCGCCCGCUGGAACCGGGGAGAGUCGUCUGCUCCAGAUUUCCGACAUCUGAAGGUCGAGGUUGAUGAGAAACCAAGCCCUGCAGACCGGAAGGGAGGCCUGGCCGUGCCUUCUCGGGACAGAACUGUUGGUCCUCCUGGGCAGGACAACCCAGGAGUGUCCCUGCACCCCCUGUCUGCCGACAGCCCCGACGCCCGGGACCCAGGUGUGGAUAACCCCCAGGAGCUGGGGGACGCACCCCCACAUGGCCCUACAAGCCUGGAGUCCCUACCCCCCCCAGAGAGCACGGAGGAGAAUGUGGAGACAGAGAGCCCGGAGCCUGGAGAUGAUGGGGAGCCAGGACGGUCGGGCCUAGAACUGGAACCAGAAGAACCUCCCGGCUGGAGGGAGCUGGUGCCCACAGACACCCUGCUCAGCCUGCCCAAGAGCCAAGUGAAGCGGCAGGAGGUCAUCAGCGAGUUGCUGGUGACGGAGGCAGCUCAUGUGCGCAUGCUCCGAGUACUGCACGACCUCUUCUACCAGCCCAUGGUGGAUGGCGGCUUCUUCCUCCUGGACGAGCUGCACAACAUCUUCCCCAGCCUGGAUGAGCUCAUUGAGGUGCACUCCCUGUUCCUAGAUCGCCUGAUGAAGCGGAGACAGGAGAGUGGCUGCCUCGUUGAGGAGAUCGGCGACGUGCUGCUGGCCCGGUUCGAUGGCGCUGAGGGCUCGUGGUUCCAGAAGAUCUCCUCCCGCUUCUGCAGCCGCCAGUCGUUCGCCUUAGAGCAGCUCAAAGCCAAGCAGCGCAAGGAGCCUCGGUUCUGUGCCUUUGUGCAGGAAGCAGAGAGCCGCCCGCGGUGCCGCCGCCUGCAGUUGAAGGACAUGAUCCCCACUGAGAUGCAGAGACUGACCAAGUACCCCCUGCUGCUGCAGAGCAUCGCACAGAACACAGAAGAGCCCGCGGAGCGGGAGAAGGUGGAGCUGGCAGCUGAGUGCUGCCGGGAGAUUCUGCACCACGUCAACCAAGCCGUCCGUGAGAUGGAGGACCUGCUGCGCCUCAAGGAUUACCAGCGGCGCCUGGACUUGACUCACCUGCGGCAGAGCAAUGACCCUGUGCUGAGCGACUUCAAGAACCUAGACAUCACUAAGAAGAAGCUGGUCCACGAAGGCCCCCUGACGUGGCGGUUGACCAAAGACAAGGCUGUAGAGGUGCACGUGCUGCUGCUGGAUGACCUGCUGCUGCUGCUGCAGCGCCAGGACGACAGGCUGCUCCUCAAGUCUCACAGUCGGACGAUGACCCCCAUGCCCGACGGCAAGACCAUGCUGCGGCCUGUGCUCCGCCUCACAUCUGCCAUGACCCGGGAGGUGGCCACUGAUCACAAAGCUUUCUACGUCAUUUUCACCUGGGACCAGGAGGCCCAGAUAUACGAGCUGGUGGCGCAGACUGCAUCAGAGCGCAAGAACUGGUGUGCCCUCAUCACUGAGACCGCCGGGUGCCUCAAGGUCCCCGCCCCCGCCCCCGCAUCCCGCCCCAAGCCCCGGCCCAGCCCAAACAGCACCCGAGAACCCCUGCUCAGCAGCUCUGAGAACGGCACUGGAGGCCGGGAGAUGGUGGCAGUUGAUGCCCGGACAGAGCGGAUCCUCAGCGACCUCCUGCCCUUCUGCAGACCGGGCCCAGAGGGCCAGCUUGCAUCCACAGCCCUUCAGAAAGUGCUCUCUCUGAAACAGCUCCUAUUGCACGCUGAGGAAGACAGUGGAGCGGGCCCGCCUCAGGAUGGGGUGCCUGGUGGGCGUCCUCCGGGCCCGGCGCACACCCGGGAGAUUGAGGAGAAUCUGCUCAGCCUGGAGGUGGCCAUCAGGCAGCUGGAGGAGCUGGAAGAGGAAUUCUGCCGCCUGCGACCCCUCCUGUCUCAGCUUGGGGGAGCUCUGUCCCCUAGCCUGGCUGUACCUGAACGUUCUGCCCAGAUAGGCCUUUCAUGAAGAGAGGAAACGGGGAGAUGAUGUGAGGGGUCCCCGCCCCCAUAGCUGCCACAGCAUCUCACACCCCAGAGGCCUUGAGGAAAGGCAGACUGGCCACACUUGAUAGGGACUGCUGGGGUCCCUGCCUUCCACACCGGCCUCUGCCUCUCUCCUCCUGCCUUCCGCUUGGGGGACCCAGGGCUUCACUCCAGAGCACCACCAUAAUCCCCGUUUGCCAGGCCAUCUCAGUGUUGCCUGUGGGGGGUCGCCCCUCCACUCCUACCCCAAGUGCCUUUGCUGUUUUUAUAUCCUGAAUUGGAGGUUUUAUUUUUAAUAUAUAUUAUCUAAGGAGA